AUGGCCAUCGUAUUUCUUCUUCUCAUCCUGUGCGCUAAUAUGGUCCAAGCCGGCACGUGGCUUUCGUUCAGUGAGAUUUAUUCAACAUUGGGUAAUGACGUGAUUUUCCCAUGGGUUUCAGACGACUUCAAAGAAGACGGAAUGGGAGAGCCGUCUCGACGGCUUGGUGAUGUAGUUUCGCUCUGCAAAGAAACAGUAAGUUUAAGAGAGGUGUCACGUGAACAUUUUUAUUAUAUGAGUUAACGUGCUUUAGCAAAAACGCCUCGCCAAAAGAGCAAUUCUGGGUGAACGAGUGAUUCGAGCUCAGCAAGAGAACGAGGCUAUCUGCCGACUUCUAAUGAAAAUGGUGAGCUGCUGAAAAUUUUUAUUGUUGUUUAUAGAAAAUAAAAAGUUUCAGGGUCGUUGA